AUGGGUCGCUUUUCUCCCGCCCACUGGGACGACGUCUUCCUCGCAAAAGUCAAGUCGGCCUGCAUCGGCGCGCUCCAGCAGCUCAACGAUGAGGGCGAAAUCGACUCGUCCCUCUCGGCCCGCGAGUCGAGGCUCAUGGGCCUUCUGAACCAAGCAAGCUCCCCGCGCGACGUCGACACGACCGACACCACCAGCGGCGAGUCAGACACCGAUCUCGCCCACAGGCCUCCUCUACGCUCCAAUCGUGCUCUCCCACUGCGCUCUUCAUCCAGCAGGACCACCCUCUUUGACGACGCCGGCACGGGCACCGGCAUCGGCACCGACCCUGGCCCCAGCUCGGGCCAUGUCCACAUCGCCACGCCGCGACCCGCAUCGCCUUCCUUGCCGCCCCGUCGCCGCCGCAAACCCGCCCUGACCUUUGAGCAGCUGGCAGAGCAGCUCGAACCCGAAGACCCGGACCUGCACCGCCUUUGCAAGCUCCUCACCCGCAAGCUGCAUCGACGCGCAAGUCGUCGCUACUCGAGCGAGCGCGCAUCAUCGCCCUCCAGCGCCACUUUGGCAGCCAGCGACCCUUCUCGCCGACGCUCCCACCAACAGCGGGGCCGCCCCAGCGUAUACGUCGGAACCAGCGAGUACCGCAGCCUCGGGCGCUCGUUGCAGGACCCCGGCGGACCCUCGCGAUCGCGCUACGACCUCGGCCUCGAUCCGCCCGUCGACCUCCGCGCGCCAAUGACCAUCACCAUCGGUCGCGACGGCAUCACGACCCGCGAAGGCGUACGCUCGCGCACCCUGUCUCGCUCCCUCAACGCCCGCGUCAACGCCAUCGACCGCAGCCUCCAGCGCAGCCUGGCCGCCCGCGCCGCCGCUCGCGCCGACAACCUCGAGAGCGACUCGAUCGCAUCCGCAGAGUCGCUCUCGGCGCGCAGGACCCGGAUGGCAGGGCAGGAUCGGACGACGGCGGGACGGAUGGAAGGCGACGCAGACACCAUCACAAGCCCUAGUAGCAGCGAUGAAGGCGCUGGCCCAAGUCGACCUGCCAGCCGCCUGGCACCACGCCGUGGCGAGGCCGCUGCCGAACAAUCCCUGCCCCAGUCUAUGAGAGACGCCCUUGCCCGACUGGGCCCCGGUGGUGGAGACGAUGACGACGACGAUGACGACGACGACGCGGCAAUAGGACCAGAACCCGAGGCGACAGGCGAUGGCGGUGUUGGCGAUGCGCAAGGGGAAGCUCCCGACUCGCAGGGCGCUGCGCCCAAUGGGCCGCGCGUUCGCCGCGCCUUUAUCCGCAUCGGCAGGGAGGUCGAGGUGCUGCGGUCCUUUCUGCAGCGCCGAAUCAACGAGCGGCUGGCCGAGGUGUGGGCCGAGAUCGCCGAGGAGCCGCCGGCGCAACAGGCUACCGCCGGGGAUCGUGCAUCAUCAACGGUCCCCUGGCUCGCAGCGACCGGGUCUAUCGACGUGGCCGGACAGCUGGGCGACUUUGUUGGGAGCAGGGAGGUCGACCGUCUGCGCUCGGCGCUGCUCAAGACGCUCGAGGCUUUCGACACCGCGCUUGGCCAAGUCUGGGUCUCUCGGCUGAUGGAGGAGGACGCCGACCAGCAGCUGUGGAGGAGGCUGCCCGCAGAUCAGCGCGCAGAGGCCAGCGCACCAGCCUCGAGCAGGGCGACGACGGCCGACCGCCGCGACGACGCUCAGGACGACGGCGACGACAACAGCGCCCACAGCCUGCUGUCUCGCCAGCGGCAGCGCGGCCACGACAUGCAGUCGAGCUUCCUCCGAGCCUCGCUAUGGCGCACCCGCAACCGGGCGCGGGAGCUGCAGCAACAUGCCGACAGCACCGCCGGAGCCUUUGGUGCGGGCCUCUUUGAGACUGGCGCAGCUUCGACGGCUGAGGAUGACCAGGGCACGGAGCACGCGGGCUAUACCGCAGCUGCCGACGGCCUGGGCCGUCUGAGCGAGGAAGAGGUCGCCCACCGCUUCUUUCUCCAUUGCCUCGACCAGCUCGUCCCGGCCGAGCGUGGCGAGCUGCGCGACUCGUGGCGGUGGCGCUUGAGCUGCUGGUACUUUGUGCACCGCUCGCGCCGAGACAUUCCGGACCCCGCGCCACGUUCCGAGGGCAGGCCGGCCGAUCCGGUUGCGAGCGCCUUUGCCAGGAUGACCUGGACGCCGUACGACGAGGAUCCCUACAAGUUUGCUCGCAACCUGGGCGGUGAAGGCGCCGAGCCCACGGCCCGGCCGUCGGCCUCAGACGACCUGCUGGGCGCCUGGGCGUACGCUGAUGCCAGAGACGAUCCGGGCGUGGGGCUGCAAGGCGUGCUGCACGCCCUCGAGGGCGACGAGGCCAAGCACGCGUUGGAGCUGCAGAGGUCUGCUCGACUGCGUGCCGCGCAGGACAGGGCCAGCCGGAUGGCCACCAACAUCGCGGACCCUCGGCAGCCGCGAGGGACGCUCCCCUCGGCGUUGGAGGCAGCCUCUAGGCGACUCAGCUCGGAUGCGCUUCUCGGCUCGGACCAGCAACACGCUGCGGCACCCUCUUCGUCCGAUCGGGAAGAGGCGAACCCGGACGUCUCGCUGACGCGCACGACGUCCCUGUCUCGACGCAACGCGAUCCGCCCGGCCGGCUCCGCGGGGUCCAGGUCGAUCUCGUCGCUCGUCUCUCGCCGGCCGUCGAGCCGCAGCGAUCAGCCGAGGCAGGUCCGCGAGCGUGCGGGCGAUCUUUCCGAGACGCUGACGCCCGCCAUCGACGCUGGUGUCGAUGUGGCCGAGCCGCCACGCCGGCAACAAGGGUCGGGGCGCAGCAGUCUGGAUCGCUCGCGCUCGCGCUCAUUCACCUUUGUCACGACGCCAGCGGCAGUGCUCGGCGGUCGUUCCGCCGUCGAGGGUGCGGGUGCAUCGCGGUCUGCCGACUCGGAAGGCUAUUUCGGCUCGCGACGCGAGGGCGAUGCGCGCCGCCCGCCGACGGUGCUGGGACGGAGGCGGAGGCGGGGGACGUCGCCGGGGUCGGAAGAAGGGGACGAGGCGGACGUGAUCCGAAGCCUGGGACUGGAUGGCUCCAUGGGCGGGUCGGGGGCGUCGACGCCGCUCGAGGCGCGGCGCGCGACGUUUGAGGCGUACGCGCGUCGGCGGCGGAGCCGGUUCCACGAGAUGCUGAUGGAGGCGGCGCAGUCCGACGACCAGCGGCUGCUCGACGACGACGACGAGGGAGAGGGGCGCGGUGCGCAGCGCAACGAUGCCAACCUCGACGAGAUGCUCAACCUGCUUUUUGAGCGGCGCGGCGACCAAGGCGAAGGAGAAGACGAGGUGGCGAGCCAGCCGUACUCGAGCGAUGCAGAGACGACGCUCGCUUACGGUGCCGGGCGCUUGGAGCGCGCGCUUCGAGGCCGGGCCAGCCGGUAA